AAUUCAGUGCCACACCUACGGCCGACCAAUCAGCGUCGUUGGUUCAAUCAACACCGUGUCGAUGUUUAUGUUAACAAUAACGACUUUUAAAACCGUUAAAAUUACUUAAAACUCACAGUUUUUACGUUUUUUUGUACUUAACCAACUAACCUCGCCCGUUCGACUCUCCACCUUGAAAAAUGUCAAGCGAUUCAGUCAAAAAUUUUUCAAGCCUCGAAACCCCGGGUUAUGUCGGAUUCGCUAAUCUACCCAACCAAGUCCACCGUAAAUCGGUGAAAAAGGGCUUCGAAUUCACCCUUAUGGUGGUGGGCGAAAGUGGUUUAGGGAAAUCCACUCUAGUCAAUGCACUCUUCCUAACUGAUUUGUACCCCGAAAGACAAGUUCCUGACGCCAUAGAAAAAAUGAAACAAACGGUUAAGCUGGAGCCCUCGACUGUUGAAAUCGAGGAACGGGGGGUGAAAUUACGACUUACUGUCGUUGACACUCCGGGAUAUGGUGACGCGAUCGAUAACACUGAUUGUUUUUCGGAAAUAAUCCGGUAUAUUGACGACCAGUUUGAGAGGUUUCUCCGGGACGAGUCCGGACUUAACCGGAAGAAUAUCAUGGAUAACCGGAUUCAUUGCUGUUUUUACUUCAUAUCGCCGUUUGGGCACGGCCUUAAGCCACUUGAUGUCGAAUUUAUGAAGCAACUUCACAACAAAGUCAAUAUUGUCCCAGUUAUUGCAAAGGCUGAUGUUCUAACAAAGAAAGAAAUGCAAAGACUGAAGAAAAAAGUUAUGGAUGAGAUUCAGGAGCACGGCAUUCGCAUUUACUCGCUUCCUGAGUGCGAUUCGGACGAAGAUGAGGAAUACAAGGAGCAAGUGAGACAAUUGAAGCAAGCUGUUCCGUUUGCCGUUUGUGGGGCUAACACCCUGCUCGAGGUGCGGGGGCGCAAGGUCAGGGGGCGGCUCUACCCCUGGGGGGUGGUGGAGGUGGAAAAUCCCGAUCAUUGUGAUUUUAUUAAGUUGCGGACAAUGUUGAUCACUCAUAUGCAGGACUUGCAGGAGAUCACGCAACAAGUGCAUUAUGAGAAUUACAGGUCGGAGCAUCUGGCGAGAGGAGGGGUUCCGAAGCGCAAUACGAUUGGUGAUGAUAAGGGUGCUGCCACUAGUGAUAAGGAUAGGAUAUUGUUGGAGAAGGAAGCUGAGUUGAAGAGGAUGCAAGAAAUGAUCGCUGCGAUGCAAGCUAAAAUGCACCAGCAACAAUAAUUUUUGAAUAUAUCGAAUAUUUUGCGAUUAGAGUUUUAUUUUUAACUUUUUGUAUUGGUGUAUUAUAUAAUUUCGCAUGCCAUAAAUAUAUUUUUUAGGUCA